AUGUUAUGUGGAUUCGGAUGUGACGUUUCGCCGAAGGUCGUACAGGCUGUGAUGCGAUCAUCCGAUAAGAGCGGUGACGGCGAGAUUGACUUCGAGGAAUUUCUCGCCGCUAUCACGUCAAAAAUUAAGUUAAAUGACUGCAAAGCUGAUAUACACGCUAUGUUUGAUAAAUUCGACAGGAAUAAAGAUGGAUUGCUUUCCGCUGAAGAAUUGGUAGUAGCAUGGAGUGAAACGUUAAAGACGAAAAUAACUGUCAAAGAAGCCGCUGCAUUAAUACAACAGGCAGAUACCGACGGAAAAGGAGCCGUAACUGUGAACGAAUUUAUCACAAUGUGUCAAACUGUUUGA